AUGAAAGUCUCCAGUGCCUUCGCGGCGACGCUGUCCGCAAUUAUAGCUGCGUGCUCAGCUCUUCCUUCUGACUCAAUGGUUUCGAGGCGAAGCACAUCGGACCGUCUCGUGUUCGCGCAUUUCAUGGUUGGUAUCGUCAGUGACCGGACCAGUGCUAGCGAUUAUGACGCCGACAUGCAGCGUGCUAAAGCUUAUGGAAUUGACGCCUUUGCAUUGAAUAUCGGUACCGAUACCUUCAGCGACCAGCAACUGGGGUAUGCCUACGAGUCUGCGGCAAACAAUGACAUGAAAGUGUUCAUUUCAUUCGAUUUCAACUGGUGGUCCACCAGCCAGGCCACCGAAAUUGGCCAAAAGAUUGCCCAGUACGGUAGCCUAGCAGGCCAGCUCAUGUAUGAUGACAAGAUUUUCGUCUCGUCGUUUGCUGGCGACGGUGUAGACGUGGCAGCAUUGAAGUCAGCUGCUGGCGGCAAUGUGUUCUUCGCUCCAAACUUCCAUCCAUCGUAUGGUACAGACCUGUCGGAUGUCGAUGGUCUUCUCAACUGGAUGGGCUGGCCUAGCAAUGGUAAUAACAAGGCUCCAACUGCCGGUGCCAACGUUACCGUUGAGGAAGGGGACGAGGAAUAUAUAACUGCUUUGGAUGGCAAGCCCUACAUUGCUCCGGCCUCACCAUGGUUCUCUACGCAUUUUGGGCCAGAGGUGACAUACAGCAAGAACUGGGUUUUCCCAUCUGAUUUGCUUUUCUACCAGCGUUGGAAUGAUCUAUUGACUUUGGGCCCUCAAUUCAUUGAAGUGGUCACCUGGAAUGACUAUGGUGAAUCGCACUAUGUCGGACCUCUGAACUCUCCUCAUACAGACGAUGGCUCCUCUCGAUGGGCGAAUGACAUGCCUCACGAUGGCUGGCUGGAUCUGGCAAAGCCCUACAUCGCGGCAUUCCACGACGGGGCCACUUCGCUAUCAUCAUCCUACAUCACCGAAGACCAGCUCAUCUACUGGUAUCGGCCUCAACCACGACUCAUGGACUGCGACGCAACUGAUACCUGCAUGGUUGCUGCCAACAAUGACACGGGCAACUAUUUCGAGGGCAGACCCAAUGGGUGGGAAAGCAUGGAGGACGCUGUCUUCGUGGUUGCUUUGCUCCAGUCUGCUGGAACGGUUCAGGUCACUUCAGGCCCUAAUACCGAGACAUUUGAUGCUCCUGCUGGUGCAAGCGCCUUCCAGGUUCCCAUGGGCUUCGGCCCCCAGAGCUUCUCCCUGUCGCGGGAUGGCGAGACAGUAUUGUCUGGAACAAGCUUGAAGGAUAUCAUUGAUGGAUGCGUGUGCGGAAUCUACAACUUCAACGCCUAUGUGGGCUCUCUGCCAGCAACUUUCUCCGAUCCACUCGAGCCACCUUCUCUCAACGCCUUCAGCGAAGGCUUGAAGGUUUCGACAUGCAGCGCGACACCAUCUUUGGGAUUGACAUCGACCACUCCACCAGAGACCAUUCCUACAGGCACGAUUACUCCAGGAUCAGCUAUUACAGGUGCUGCAACAACUACCUCUACCAUCUCGACCACCUCCACGAUUUCCACGACCUCAACUUUUAUCUCAACUACCACCACCACCACGUCCAGUGCUGCUACCUCCACCACCACCGGAACUUGCAUCGCCGGCACUGGCCCUGACAACUAUUCUGGCCUGUGUUCCUUCUGCUGUAACUACGGCUACUGUCCGGGCUCCGAUGGUUCGGCCGGCCCGUGUACAUGCACGGCCUAUGGAGAUCCAGUUCCUACGCCUCCAGUAACAGGAACAGUUGGCGUUCCGCUUGAUGGCGAGGGUGACAGUUACUUGGGUCUGUGUAGUUUUGCCUGCAACCACGGCUAUUGCCCGUCUACUGCUUGUCAAGUAGAGAGCUGA